AUCGUCGAUGACAUCCGAAAUUUUUCAAAUUUGAACCACAAAAUCGAUUCAACUGUCGCUGUUUAACCUUUGGGAGAGAGUUCGGCCGAGGGUUUCGCCAAAGAUCCAGAUGUGUUGAAAAAUUGUUCAAUCGUUCGUCUCCCAAAUUAUUUUAUUCAUCGGACCUUUACUGUGUUCCAAAGCGCGAGAAACAAAGGAUUUAACGAUGUUCACGCCGAUCAAAGGUUAUGGCGUAUUUAGUGACACGAUAUUAAAUACACCUCAACCGCAAGCAUCAUCGACAGUUCGGAGAAAAAGCCCAUCGGAAAGCAAAUUUAGCGACGAACCUUGCAAAGAUGAACAAAAUGUACCAUAUGAAAAGGAGCUGGCGCGGAAAGAACAAGACUCCUCGUUAGGUCUUUUGCGUGACAUGUCAAUUCUAACAAAUAUGACUGUAGCAGAGAAUGAGCAGAAGAAUUCCCCAAAUACGGAUGCAGAGCUUGAAUAUGCCAGGAGACUUCUGCAGAAAUGCAGCGACACAAAAAACUCUUCUCUAAUCAUAGAUACAAAUAAAGAAAAUAAUGCCAAUGUACAAAAUGUAACGGGCAAUUUAUCUGUUUCAAAUUUUACUUUGCCAAAUGAGCCUUGUAUGCUUGAAUCAGACCAGGAGUGCAACAUUAAUCGCUUGACAAAUGAAGUCAGUGAAACUAAUGUUACUUUUGAUCCUAAUGAAAUAACGGCGCGGUCAUCUGAUGUCGACAAUAGUGCAAAGAAACAGUGUCUUUUAAGUAAAUCUUUCAAUGGUAUUAGCUUCAGUACAGACGAAAUAAUGGCACAAGUAAAUAACGAAAUUAUGAAACAACUCAAUAAUGAUGAAAACUUUUUAUCUGGAUCAAAAAUGGCUGAACAAUUAUCAGUUGAUGAAGCUCAUUGGCAACAAGAUCGUACAUAUUGUAUGCCAGUCAUGAGUACAGAAAAGCAGGAAUUAGAUCUCACUUCCUUUUCUGGUAUCAUUGGACAGCUGGAUUUAACAGUAGAAUCUUGUGCUGGACAGAAACUAUCUAUUGGCCAAUAUUUUGAACGUAAAUCUGCUGAUAUAGGAAUAUUAGGGAAUAAUAAACAAGUAAGACCAAGUUUUGAUCUUACUUUGGAAAAUUCCAUGAAAAGAGCAACAGCAACAUUAUCUACAGAAUCGAAGGAGGAACAUACAUUCGUUGCAAAUGCAACAAGGGACAUGGAUAAAAAUAAUAUCAUAAGUUUAAGCACUAUUCUUAAUACUUUACAAAACGUUGAUAGCGGUACGCCACGGCGAUUAGUUGACCAGAUUUUAAUGGCACAGAAAAAGAAGAAGAAUAGUCUAGUAAUGCAAAACAAUGCAGUACAAGAAACUUGCAUAUUGCCUUCCGACAGAAAGUCUAUGUUAGCAACGCCUACUGGGAAUUUCAACAAAUUUGAUGAAGAUAUUCUAGAGAAUCUUUCAGUCAAGUUAUCACUAGACAGUAAAACUAAAAACGUAAUUAAAAGUGAAACCAUUAAAGAUGAAACCAUUAAUGUGAAGCAAGAGCGUUCAAGAGUAUCGUCAUUUGCUUCAAAUGAAAAUACAAAUGCAACUGAAUCUUUCACGAAUAUAUGUAAAGAAAAAAUAUUAAAAGAGGAAGCAAGUAAUAAAAGUGCAACUUCUUUAUCUAAUCAAGAUGCAGGAGUACAAGCAUCACAUGCUACAUUGUUACAAAAUUUUAAAUUGUCAUCCAAUGACAAAUUUACUUUAUUAUCCCAUGUACCUGAAGUGGAUUUAGAAAGUUAUGAUGAAAGUUACAAUGAUUUGAAUAUACAAAGAAAAGAAGUGAUAGAAGAAAUUUCUAAUUACAUGAUGGAUCGAACAUUUUUUAUAAAUAUAAAUACAGAAAUGCAACCAAAUUUAAACAGUAAUGUUGUUAUCGGGAAGAAUACAGAACAAUUGUGCAAUUGCAUCAUUGGCAUGACGAGUGAAGUUAAUAUUGAACUUCUAAAUCAUGGGGACAGAUGGAUCACAUAUUCCUUAAAAUUAAACGAAGUGCUAGGAGAUAUGCAGAAUAUUGAAUUAAAUAUACCUCAAGAUGAAAUUUUAAUAAAGCCUAAUGGAGCACAAUCCACAAAGAUCAAAGUGAAAGUGAUACAAAUGUGCAAACAAAUAUUUGUAGCCUUAAAUAUAAUCUUAAUAGAUAUGGUAACAAAAUCGAAAUGGUAUAUGAAGCACAUGAUCUGUGUUAACCCAGAACAACUUGAACUUGAGAUUAUAUGCGACUCUCAUAAAGAGGAACUCGAUUUUCAAUAUAUUACAAAGAAUUCAGCAAAAAUUCUACCCAUAAUAUUUCACAACAAAAACAGUAUUGAUGUGCCUAUUAAGCUUUCUAUAUUACAUGAUGGGCCGAAAAUGUUUAGCAUUGAUGGUACUUUCGAUAAAUCAGUAGAGCUAAAUGAAUCUCACGAUGUACUUAAUCAUCUAAUAUUAAAAUCUCACGAGAAGUUUACUGCUAAUAUAAAGUGUGAACAAUCUACAGAGAUAGAUUUUCCGCAAAAACUGCAGUAUUGGAAGAGCAAACUAAUUAUACAUGUACAAUGCAACGAUGGCACUGUUCUACUCCAGAAAGAAGUGCCCCUUUAUGCACAGAUGGGUAUCUGUAAAAUUCAAAUCGUUGAUACAGAGGUACCUAUAAUUGUUCCAAGACAGCAAGGCAAGUUGCUAAAUAUCAUUAAUUCGGGAAAUGUGACAACACACGUAUCCGCUACUAUCGUACCUGUUGAAGGAUAUCCAAACGCAGCACAGAAUUUUACUGUAGAACCGGAUAAUAUAUUCUUACAAGUUGGGGAAAGAAGCUCGUUCUCAAUUGUAUAUAAACCACAAAUUUCAGAUACAAGCUCUCUAGAUAAUGAAAGAUGCGCAAGAAUUAAAUUAGUCGCUGGUAACAAUGUUUAUUUUUAUAUCGUAAAUACCGAACAAAUAUUGGAACCAGAAAAGGAAAAUUAUUUACGUUGUCAUACACCCAGUAAUGCUGUAUCUCUAAGUCCAGCAACAUCACCACAGAGUGUAACCUCUAGCAGGUUAGUUUAUAUUUCUAUAUAUAUAUAUAUAUUUACAAUCCGUAACACGAGUAAUAAUAAGAUUAAAAUUCAAGUAGACAUAUGGGAUGACAAUAAGAGUUUUAAGUUUCUUGGAGAUAGACAAACUGUCAGUACAAGCAUGGUAAUGGCAAUGCACCGUCAAGAGCUUAAAACACUUGCUGUUAGUUUUAGUCCAUAUCAUACAGGUCCAGUAACCGGAAAAAUCACUAUCAAACAUUAUACGAGAAAUAGCAGCGAUUCUCAGCAACACAAAAAAAUACCUUUGUAUGGAUAUGGUGGGUACAGCAAGAUGAAAAUUUCGAAUAUAUUUAAAGAUGCAAAUGGGAAGAUGGGAUUAUUAUCACUUGGUACUUUGUAUUCUGAAACAACAGUCUUGUCUAAAGAUAUUAUACUACAAAAUAUUGGAGACUUACAUUCAUUUGCUAAAAUCAAAGUUAUACCAAAAGAUAUUUCUGUAACAAUGUAUUCUAAUUGGCAUGUAAAGCCCCAAGAAUUGAUUCUCAAUCCUAAAGAGACUCGACGAGUGACGAUAGAAUUCUAUCCCAAAAAAGAAGAUUUCGCGAGAUUACAAUGUUCGGAGGUGUCGCAUGUUGCAACAGUAAAUGUCACAUAUGGAGAUGAACCGACCCGCUGGCGAAUACGCAGAUUGUAUAAUAAAAUAAAAGAAUCAGAUAAUUCGGCUGAAAGUGAAAAUGAGGCGUUAAAAAAUAUUGUGCAUUCUAUAUGUAAAGCUUUCCCUGGGGAGCAACUAGCUCCUGGUUUAUUAUCGAUUCGAGAUUCCAUUCAAAACCUGAAUGAUCUUUGCGCUGGAGUUCAUCAAUAUGAAAUAAUGCUUACUGUGGAAGCAUGUGCCGACGAUACUUUGCCUGUUCAUUGUGAUGCUGAUGAAUCACAGAUGUUCUAUACUUUAAGUGAUACUACCCAUAUAGACAGUGGAGAUGGAGCAAGUUUUUAUGCUUCUCAAACUAUGGCAGACUAUGAAACUCGGCGUCCCAGAUUGUCAGGAGAACAAUUCACUGUAACUCCGUCCACCGUCAUUCUUUAUCCUCCAGUAGAGAACGAGGCAACUGUGACUAUUCUUAGCUUAUUUAAAGCGGCUGAGCCAUUCCAAACCAGUCUGUCAAAUUCGAAUUUCAGUGUUGUUCCCACAGAAGGAAUGUUACCGAGCAGAAAAAGCUUUUCCUUGAAGAUACAAUGUUCGCAAAGGAUAGAACAUAAUAUGCAAGCUAUACUUGAGAUUUAUACGGAGAAUAAUAAACAAGACGUGUUGAUUAAAGCCAUAAGACGACCGUAAUUUAGAUAUAUAAUUUUAUAAUUAGAAUAUUUAUUUAUAAUUAAUGUAAUUAAUGAAUUUUAUAUACAAAAACGAUAUUUUAUUAAUUUAGAACCGAUUUUUAACAAACUAUGUGUUUUC